AUGGCUAAACCUACUGCAGCUAAGAUCAAGGCAGCAGCAGCAGCAGCAGCGGCCGCGAAUAGCAAAAAGAAAACCGGGGACAAUGGCUGGACAAUUGACCCAUUGGAAGAACCAGUUUUCAAACAAGGAAUCACUAGAGAGUAUUUGGUGACGGACGCAACGGCCACUUUGGUCAAGAAAAGGUCUCUUACCAAUAAGGACCUCUUGUUUCUUGCGUUGCUAGCAUUUGUGGGCGUGUUUGUUAGAAUGUACAACUUGUCCCUGCCGGAUUCGGUUGUGUUUGAUGAAGUGCAUUUUGGUGGAUUUGCAAGAAAGUAUAUCUUGGGCACCUUCUUUAUGGAUGUCCAUCCUCCGUUGGCCAAGAUGUUGUUUGCUUCAGUGGGUGCCAUUGGCGGAUUCUCAGGCGACUUUGAAUUCAAGUCUAUUGGUGACAAGUUCCCCGAGAGUACCCCUUAUAUCUUUAUGAGACAGUUUCCUGCCUUGUUGGGUGUCGGUACUGUUGUUUUGUGCUAUUUGACAUUGCGCCAAUCCGGCGUCAGACCAAUCAUUGCAUUCAUCACCUCAUUUUUAUUGAUUAUUGAAAACUCAAAUGUCACCAUUUCGAGGUAUAUCUUGUUGGAUUCGCCAUUAAUCUUUUUCAUUGCCGCUGCUAUUUACUCUUGGAAAAAAUUUGAAAUCCAAGUGCCAUUCACAUUAUCGUGGUAUAGAGCUUUACUCUCGACUGCUUUUGCCUUGGGAUUGGCUUUAAGCUCGAAAUGGGUUGGAUUAUUCACCGUUGCUUGGGUGGGCUUUUUAUGUGUUUACCAAAUGUGGUUUAUUAUUGGUGACUUGUCCGUUUCCACUAAAAAAGUCUGGGCCCAUUUCUUUCUUAGAGGAUUCACCUUGUUGGGCGUUCCAAUAGUCUUGUAUUUGGGCUUUUUCGCCGUUCACUUUCAUUUGUUGUCUAAAGAAGGCGAUGGUGGUGCAUUCAUGAGCAGUGCUUUUAGAGCAGGCUUGGAAGGAAACAAAAUCCCCACUGACGUUGUUGAACAAGUUGGUUUAGGUUCAGUGGUGACCUUGCGCCACGUUGACACCCAAGGUGGCUACUUGCACUCUCACGACCAUUUUUACCCCACCGGUUCAAAACAACAACAAAUCACCUUGUACCCCCACUUGGACUCCAACAAUAAGUGGUUGAUUGAACCAUAUAAUGGCACCAUAUACAACGACACAUUUGUCCCCUUAAUCAACGGUAUGAAGAUUAGAUUGAAGCAUGUCAACUCGGGCAGAAGAUUGCACUCGCACGAUGAAAAACCACCCGUUAGUGAACGUGAUUGGCAAAAGGAGUGUUCAUGUUACGGAUACUCUGGAUUCGCCGGUGACGCUAAUGACGACUGGACAGUUGAAAUUGUGCAGCACAGAACUAAAGACCCCAAUGCCAAAGUCUUUGUUGAAGCUUUAAAGACUAUUUUCCGUUUAAGACACGCCAUGACUGGGAACUACCUUUUUUCAAGCGAGGUGAAAUUACCAGAUUGGGGAUUUGGCCAACAAGAGGUCACCGCGGCAUCACAAGGCCAGAGACAUUUAACACACUGGUAUAUCGAACAAAACGAAAAUAACAUUUUGCCCGAUGAUCAAAAAAUUAUUAUUAAUUACCCCGAGUUGAGUCUUUGGGAAAAAGUUGUUGAGUCCCAUCGCAAAAUGUGGAAAAUCAAUUCAGGAUUAACUGAUCAUCACCAUUGGCAAAGCGACCCCACCGAAUGGCCAUUCUUGAGAAGAGGUAUCAACUACUGGUCAAAAGAACAUAAACAAGUGUAUCUCUUGGGUAACGCUGUUACUUGGUGGGGAGCAACUGCAUUCAUUUUCGCCUUUGGAAUCUACACUUUUAUCACUGGAUUGAGGUGGUAUUUGGGCACGCCGCUUUCAACAAACAAGGAAGUUUUCAACUUCAACGUGCAAGCAUUCAGCUAUGUUCUCGGGUGGGGAUUACAUUACGUGCCCUUUUUCAUCAUGGGGAGACAAUUGUUUUUGCACCAUUACCUCCCAGCUUUAUACUUUGGAAUCCUCGCGUUGGGACACUUUCUCGAGCUUUUGACAAACUAUUUGACUUCAAGAUCAAGAUUAUUGCAACAGAUUGCCCUCACGCUUGUUGGUGGGUUCACCAUAUUAUCGACGAUUUUCUACAUCAACUAUUCACCUUUGAUCUACGGUGCACCAUGGACCAAGGCUGGAUGUGAAGUGUCAAAGCCAUUCAAAUCAUGGGAUUAUGAUUGCAACAACUUCCACAAGAGCUUGGCGGAAUAUGCAUUCCCUGAAGAAAGUGCCGCACCGGUAUCAUCGGCAAAGGAAACAGUGGCUGCUGAAGCCAAGCGUACAUCAAGCUCAAAAAAGCCAAAGAAUGCCCAACAGGAGAAACAUAUUGAAAGCCCCUUUGCGGAAAAUAAGCAAGCUUCAAAACAAGAAGUUGAACAGUUGGCUCCUCCUGAACCCAGAGUGGAUACACCCAAGGUUGAAGAGAAAUCAGAAAACCCAAUCGUUGAUGAAUCUGAAAUAAAGCUUGAAGAAGCAAUUGGCCAAGCAAAAGAUAUUGCCAAACCAGUUCUUGAUGAAGUAGUUGAGCCCGCUGCUGAAGUGGAGGAAGAGGUGGCUCAAAAUGUAAACGAAGCUAAGGGUGAAGUCGAGGAAGCAGUCGAUGAAGUCGAAGAAGGAGAAAAAGGAGAAGAUGAGGAAGAGGAAGGAGAAGGCGAAGGAGAUGAAGAAGAAGAAGAAGAAGAAAAAGGCGAACAAGAUAAAAAAAAAGUUGUUGAAGAGGUUGAGGAAGUGAAGGAGGAAGUCAAGUCAGCAGCACCGCCUAAGGUAGAAGUUGCAGAUGCGCAUGUAGAAGCUUUAAUCUAA